AGGAAAACGUAUGUGGUAUACAGAAACCUUGUGCUAAUGGUGGCACGUGCACAGAGAUUUGGAACGGCUACAGCUGCACCUGUCUGCCUCCUUUUUCGGGCGUGAACUGUACAGAGAAAAACGUCUGUGAUAACGAGAAACCUUGUUCUAAUGGUGGCACGUGCACAGAGACAUGGAACGGCUACAGCUGCGCCUGUCUGCCUCCUUUUUCGGGCGUGAACUGUACAGAGAAAAACGUCUGUGAUAAUGAGAAACCUUGUUCUAAUGGUGGCACGUGCACAGAGACAUGGAACGGCUACAGCUGCGCCUGUCUGCCUCCUUUUUCGGGCGUGAACUGUACAGUCUCCACUGACCGGAAGCUAGACGUCCUGAUUGUAGAAGAUGUUUCGCGCUCCAUCGGCAAACCCAACUUUGACGAAAUGAAACGAUUCCAAGAGAGUAUGGUAAACUCUACCACCAUAGGCCGUGAUGCUCUUAACGUUGCAUUGAUAGCAUUUUCUUCAAACGCUAGAGUGGUAUUCAGAUUCACUGAAUAUAGCAACAACAAGUCGGGGGUUCUGGCAGCUCUCCAGCAGCAGACAUACGAAGAGGGUCCCUCUACGAACAUUGGAGAUGCCAUCAAGCUUGCUACAGGUACAAUUUUCAUUGGCGACCGCAAUGACGCUGACAACAAGGUCAUCAUGUUUACCGAUGGGUACACCACAAUGGAGGACCGGGAGGCCAUUGCUGCCAGUAUUGGUUCUCUGAAAGCCAAAGCUGAGGUAUUUGUUGUUGCUAUCUCGGAAGUAGAUGCCAAUUCUACAAUCCACCUAAUUGCUUCGGGACCUUCCAACAUCAUCAAGAUUGGCUCCCCUGAUGCAGUCAGUGCUGUCCUGCAGAAGAUGAUGGCUCCAUAAGGGGAGAUGAAAUAGCUGCACUAAAUGUUAUUGCGUAACCAAUAAAUG